AUGGAGAAGGUUGUUUAUGAGUGGUUUCUCCAGCAUCGAGAACGUGUGAAUAUCACAGGAGAAUUAAUUUUGCAGAAGGCAAGAGAUACAAUGAAACUCGUGUACUCUCAUGAUGAUUCAGAUUUUAACUUCUAUAUAGGAUGGCUUGGAAGAUUCAAGAACCGACAUGGCAUAAAGUCAUUUCGUCGUUUUGGCAAGAGUGGGUCUGUUGAUGUACAAGACAUGGAGCAGAAAUUGGUAUCGAUUUGGGGGAAAUUGAUCAGUUCCCUAUGA